AUGAAUGAAAGAAAGAUCGAGCGUAGAGUUGGAGUUAAGCCCAGAAAGCGAGAGAACGAGUGGUUUGGGUGGAGUCGAGUGGUUCUGAAGGCGGACUCAUUGAUCACUUCACUCGUGAGUGUGAAGGGAGUCGACGCCUCAACACUGAUCCACUACUCCAUACCCCAUAAGUUCGCCAAAAAGAUCGCGACCACAACGACUACUUACCACCAAAAGCCUUAUCUGAUUCCGUCCUUCUCAGAGUCCAUCACAAGAACAGGUCUGGAUUUCAUGAGAGCUACCGCUUUGGCCACACCAUCGCCAUCGCCCACGCAAUCAGAAGCGCUGUCACUCAUCACCAAACCGACCAUCAGUUGUACGUCACCUCAGAUCCAGACGGCUCUCACUAUUCAGAACAACAACAAGACAUCCAUUAAGAGGUCGAACGGAUUCUCGAUCGCAAACCUAGUCUUCAACGAAGACAGGGAUAGAGAUAUGGGUGUACUCGAGAGGUGCGACACAAACAACAUCCUAAGUGACAAAAUCUCGCAAAUCGACGAACGACUCAAAUCGGAUCUCUAUAACAAGAGAGUCGUGUCUCCCGUUCACAGCCGGUCUGACAUCGACGAUGACGACGACCUCAGCAUUAAAGUCGAUGACGACGACAGACACCAUUCGGAUGACGACGACGACAACCCAAUGCGCCCCCGGAGUGGCGACCAAAUCGAGGCGGACGGACACAUAAUCCGAGGCGGCGGUGACCACCACUCGGAGGACUUCCCGAAGCGGAAGCAGCGCCGGUAUCGGACGACUUUCACCAGUUUCCAGUUGGAAGAGCUCGAGAAGGCCUUCUCACGCACUCAUUAUCCCGACGUAUUCACGAGAAUAGCCACUCUGUGA